AUGACGAAAUACGCCUUGAUAACAGGAGCCUCUUCAGGUAUCGGCUACUGCUUAGCGGAGGGGCUUUCGCAGCGCGGGUACACCGUGAUUGGAUGCUCCCCCCCGCAAGUCUUGUACGGGCAGAAGCCAUUGGAGAAAAAAUACGGCUUGAUCUCGAUCCCGCUCGACAUCACCAACGUGGCCAACAUUGACGCCGUGGCUAAACAAGUGGGCGAAAUCACCCAGGGCAAAUUGGCGAUCUUGUACAAUAACGCCGGUAUAUCUAUCGCGGGCCCCGCGAUUGAGAUUGACGAAGACGCGUUGGACAAGUUGUUCCAGGUGAAUGUGCUUGGCCACAUCAACGUCACUAAGGCCAUGGCUCCCUAUGUCAUCAACGCCAAGGGCACGAUCGUGUAUACGAGUUCCGUUGCUGCGCGUGUGCCCUUGAGUUGGGUGAGUGCAUAUAACGCCACUAAGGCAGCCAUCGAUGCCUAUGCGCAGACUUUGCACGGCGAAAUGAAACCUUUUGGCGUGCGUGUCCAUAGCGUGAUUACUGGUGGCGUCGAUACUGCCAUCUGCGACGCUAAUGUGAGAACGUCGUUGGGCGAGUCCUAUUAUGAAGUGCCCGGGGUCUAUGACUCGAUUAGAUCUUCUGCGAUGAUGAGCCGUGAUGUUAAUAUCUCUCCCGAACAGUACGCGAGGGAAAUCGUGGUUGAUUUGCAUAGAUGGAGAGACCCAGGGUUCAAUUUGUACCAUGGCGCGAGAAGUUAUUUGUUGCAUUGGGUGAGUCGCUGGUUGCCGUUGUGGCUUGUAGAGUUUGGUGUCCAGUACCAUUUUAAGCAGUUGAAGGUGUUGAACUAUGUUGCCAAGUUGGUCAAGCUGGGUAAAUACACUAGAAAACACAUCAAGGAGGAUUAA